UAUCUUUCCUUGCCUGCCGUAUCAGUCAAAUAAUUGGUCUUGUUUCUCUUAUAAAUUUUAUAGCUGGAUGAUAUUAACCUAUCCUUCCUUCCUUCCUUCCUGCUCCUGCCCUCUCUACUCUAGCAACUAGCAGGACUAAUAUAAUUCCUGUGUGUGUGCAGCUAGCUAGCUAGUUACCUCCAUAUAAGUUAAUUUUCCCCUCAAGGCAGCUGGCAGAAAAUGAAGGGGUAUUCCAAGAUUAGUACUACUAGUGGAGCAACCCACAAAUCAAGAUCCAUUGAUUUCUCAGAUUUGUUCUCCUCAUUUCCUCAAACCCCAAAAGCAAGAACAAAAACAAAAAGUACUAGUACUGCUCACACAGCCAAACUACCUGAGGAUGAGGAACAGCCUAAUUAUAUCUAUGCCAACACCCGUGAGGGAGAGGCUGAGGGUACUGACAAGACGAGUAGAGAUGAAAAUGGAGAGAGAUUCGGAGUGAUACUUGGCAGGAGUGGUUCAGUUUCUUCAGCAACGUCGACUGGAUUUCAGGCCACAAUGAAGAGGGCUUUCUCAAUGAGAAGAUCUUCAUCGGUUUCAGACAAGUACUGCAGGAUCCAUGACCAGUUCAUCGUCAACGUAGCAUCAUCAUCAUCAUCAUCCCCUGUUACUGUUAGAGAUCAUUAUGAUGAUGAUAAUAAUAACACAAUUGCAGAUCGAUCUACCAACAACAACAAGCACAGGGGGGGAGGAGGCAAGAUCCUUAGAGCAUGUAAGCGCCUGCUUCGGCUCUAGUACUGUGUGUACCGUAGUACUCCUCCACUCCAGUCCUCUUAUCAUUCCCUAUUAAGAAUGGAUGACAUCGGAUCUACUUUCAAGCUUUAAUUGUUGAGAGAACUCACCACUCACAACUACGUACGUACUGCCAAGUCUUUUUCUCCAAAAUAUAUAUUUAAUUUCCAUAAUUUAAGUACAAUUGAUUUUCAAUAACUUUAA